UUAUCCUCAAACACGUGGCCGUUAUCCUCAGAGGGAUAUAGAGAUAAGGGUGAGGAGAGAGGAGUCGUCGCUAUGGCGUCGAUUUCAGGGAUGCCCGCGACCGCCACCAUCCCCGUCUCCAAACCGAGGCCGUGGCGGCCAUCGCCUCCGAGAUUGGGUGGUGGUGGAGGAAACGGUGGGUUGGUGGUGGAGUGCUCGUCGCGGCCGAAGAAGAAGGCGACGGCGCACCACAUGAAGACGCGACCAAAGAAGACGCAGCCCUGGGACAUCCGCCGCAAGGGCCCCACCAUCUACCCUCCCCUCCCCCCGCUCCCCCCCGACUGGACCCUCGUCACCGAGGACCAGCCCCUCCCCCAGCCACCGCCGGACGCCGGAGGACUCUCCCCCGCUCCUUCGGCCUCCUAAAUGAUGGAUGGAGGGAUGAAUUCCCUUCAUAAAUUCUUUUUCUCCUUUAUCCAGUGUUGCACGACGUUAUGUAUGAGAGAUGUUUGAUGUUAUGCCCGUAUAACAAAGUUCUCGUUAUAUUAUUAAUUUGAUUGUGAUUGUCA